AUGGUGACAGGCGACGGACUGGCGGGGAGGGUGACACUCACCACUGACAUUUGGACCAGCGAGAACAAGAUCGCGUUCAUGGUGGUAACAGCUCACCGUCUCACCGAGGACUUCAAGCUCCAGCAGAUGGUUAUCGACUUCAGGCCGCUGGAGGGCUCCCACACGGGAGAAAAGAUUGCGACAGAGUUGGAGGCGGUCAUUCGGGAGUGGGGGUUGGGUGACUUGUUCUUCGGCGUUACCACCGACAACGCGGAGAACAACAACCGGGCGGUGCGCCUGCUGGCCGGUGUCAAGGACAACAUACCGGGGUCACGGCCGCGUGACCCCCUCCUGCUGUCCCUGUCUCGGCACUUCAGGUGCGUGGCCCAUGUUUUGAACCUGGCCGUGCAGCUUGCCCUGGCGGUUGACACAGUUGCUGAACCGCUCAAGAGGUUGCGAGCUGUGGCCCACCACAUUGGGUGGUCAGUUCAGCGAUCGGAGCGGUUCUUUGACAUCCAAAAACGGUAUGCGGCGACCCUGGCGGGGAGGGCGACGGGGGAGGGAACAGAAGAGGGAGGGGGGCAGGCGGCGACGGAAGGGGGAGGCACGUGGCGGAAGGUACCAGUUGACUUGCGCCUGAUAGUCGACUCGGACACGCGCUGGGGUUCCACGCUGGAGAUGGUGAUCAGGGGGUUGGCGCUGUGCAUUCCUCUCACGAUGUUCUUCGAUGAGACUACUCCCGGCAUCUCCAAAGAGACACGCGAACAAUGGGCGAAGAUCAGGCUGUCCGAUGCGCACUGGGCAUCUCUCAGGGAGCUGCGUGAUUUUCUCGAGCCUUUUGAUGCUAUCACCCUGUUCGUGGAAGGGUCAUUGUACCCCACCAUGGCAGGUGUUGUUCCCCAGUACAACAUGCUGCUAGAUAUCCUGGACAAGGCUUUGACGCUACCUAGGCUCACGCCGCUGCAGGAGGAGCUGACCAAAGCGGCAGUAAGCAAGUUGGAGCGCCACAUGGGGGGGGGUGAGCGAGGAGGCAGCGAUUGCCACCUUCCUCGAUCUGCACCUCAAGACCGCGCCUUUCAGGCUCAGGCAGCGAUCGGCGCGGGCGCCCAUUGUGGUGGAGGCGGGGGGGCAUGCCAGGGGGGCCCGGACACUCGACCUGGAUGA